GUGGGCUUGGGGGAGGAGGGGGAGGAAAAUGGCGCCAAAGGAAACUCCCAGAGAGAGAGAGAGGAGGUUCCGCCGAGUACUUAGGGCCCCUAAUGAGCGCCUGGUUGGGCGCUUUCCGCGGCGUGGACGCCAGACCGCGUUCCGCAAACCUUCGAGGGCGGUAGUGACCAGUUCCCGGGGCCAGAGAGUGCCGUGCGUGUGUUUUUCCUUUAACCGUUGGUGCAGAACCUCAUCUUCAGAUACUUGCAAAAUGUACAGAUCUCGGAUUCAGGUGUGGCUUUAUGAGCAAGUGAAUAUGCGGAUAGAAGGCUGUAUCAUUGGUUUUGAUGAGUAUAUGAACCUUGUAUUAGAUGAUGCAGAAGAGAUUCAUUCUAAAACAAAGUCAAGAAAACAACUUGGCCGGAUCAUGCUGAAAGGAGAUAAUAUUACUCUGCUCCAAAGUGUCUCCACCUAGAAAUGACUUAAUGAAGUGAGGAAUUACUGAGAAGCAAUACAGUUUGUGUUUUUUGUGUCCUUUGUUGGGAAAAUAUUUCUUACCCAUUUAGUCAUACAAUGCCCUUGAGUUCUACAAGAUGACAAUAAAUGAGGUUGAAUUGUUUUUGUUAAAAAA